UAUAAUUCAGGCCCAUUUAGUUUAGGGUUUCUGGUCUCUCUCUUACCAUAGCAGUGCAAAGAGACUGAAAGAGAGAGAGAGAGCUCGAAGACGCCAUGGCGAGAAUCAAGGUUCAUGAGUUGAGGGGUAAAUCAAAAUCGGAUCUUUCUACUCAAUUGAAAGAUCUGAAGGCAGAGCUUGCUCUCCUCCGUGUGGCUAAGGUCACUGGUGGUGCUCCUAACAAGCUCUCUAAGAUCAAAGUGGUGAGGAAGUCGAUUGCGCAAGUGUUGACUGUGAUCUCACAGAAACAAAAGUCUGCUCUUAGAGAAGCAUACAAGAACAAGAAGUUGUUGCCACUCGAUCUCCGUCCCAAGAAGACUAGAGCCAUCAGAAGGAGACUCACUAAGCACCAGGCGUCUCUAAAGACAGAGCGAGAGAAGAAGAAAGAAAUGUACUUUCCAAUUAGAAAGUAUGCCAUCAAGGUUUAAUAAUCUUUCUGCUGUCAAAGAUCUCCUUCUUCUCUAAUUUUCUUUGAAUCAAAGAUUUGAUUCCUCAAACAUAUCAUUGUAUGAUCUCUCACCUUCUUCGUUUCAAAUAUGAUAUAAACUCUAUAUAACUUUUGAGAACUA